GUUUACAGACAAACACACACACACACACACGGCCGUGUCCUCCGCUGUGCUGACCACGCCUCUCCAGUUGCUCACGCAUCAAGAUGGCGACGUGCAGGAAGAUGGGACGCAGCAGGAGAAAUGUUUUCGCUCUCUCUCUGUUUAUUUUGCUCCAGCUGUUUACCAGCGAUUGCUUGCCAGCUCCAGUAGAAACCCCGGAUAAAGAGGCCCCCCAUAAAGCUGAAGAGGGAGACCCACCUCUACAGGUUUCCUUGACAACUCCAGACAGGGAAACAACGGUGGCCCUGACUAAUGGAAUGACAGCAGCAACAAAAGACAAAGCUGGAGAGGCAGAGGUCCCAGAUGCUGUAGCUAAACUCCCGAUGACAAAUGAGAGUACAGACAAGAAGGUGUCUCCGUCAUCUCAACAACAUCCUGCAGCUUCAACAGAUGCCAAGAAUUUCACAACAGCAGGCUCUACACCAGCCUUAGAGGGAACACAUGAGGAGGAUGCUCUAUCAAAACCCUCUGAGGGCCAGAAAACCCCAAAUCAGGCCGUCGUCAUUGGUGCUUCUGAUGGUAACCCACCAGUUUCUGACGGCCAGAGUAAUGUAGGACCAGAAAACCAGUACACAAAAGAGCCGACAGAAAAACCUGCUCCUUCUGAUAAUUCUCCAGCCUCUACUACAAAGUCUCCCAGCACCGCUGUCAAAGCCCCUGAGCCGACUAAACCUGUCGCGGAAGAGACAACAGUGUCCGUCUCCGUCUCCACACCUGCCAGCCCUCAGAGUCUGACCACGGCAGAGAGCGAUACUCCAGACGCGCUGCAGACCUCCAACGAAGAGGCACCGUACCUGGAUGAUGACGAUGAUGAUGAGGAGGAGUACAUAAGCAACGUGGAUGGAGACGGCAGUGACAACGGGGAGUAUCUUGUGAAUGUGGUCAGCCACAACGACCAGAGCAAAGACCUGGCAGCCAUCAGCCAGCAGGACGCGGGCAGGAUGGAUGUGACGCAGUAUAGGGCAACAGAUAUCUACAACACGGAGGAUGAGGACUCUCACUUCUUCUUCCAUCUGGUCAUCCUGGCUUUCCUGGUGGCCAUUGUCUAUAUCACCUACCACAACAAGAGGAAGAUCUUCCUCCUGGCCCAGAGCCGCCGCUGGAAGGAGGGUCUGUGCUCUCGCAACACCGUCGAGUACCACCGCCUGGACCAGAACGUCAAUGAAGCCAUGCCUUCCCUCAAGAUGACGCGGGACUACAUCUUUUGAUCCCACGUUCAACAAAACCCAAAUAGACCCGAAUCAAGCCAGUUAGCCUUCCUGCCUGGCCUGUCGCAUUGUCGAGAUGCUUUGCUUUGCCCUGAAGCUUGAUCGAUGCUCUCUCCUGCUCUGAAGGCCAGCUCUGGGAGCAGCGGGUGUCACGGCACUGGGCCACAAGUGAUUUGUUCGUUCAGGAUUUCUUUGUUGUUGUCGUCUGCAUAGAGCAGGAAUUUGUUUUUUUACACUAUUCCUUUGUUAAUGCUUUUCGGUAAACUGUUGUAACUCUAUCAUUUAUCUUAAUUGUUACCCAGGAGACAGUUUUUCUAAAUUAACAACUUAUUGUGAUUUAAUAUUUUAAUUUAUAUUUAGGGGUUUAUAUCUGUCUAAAUGGGAAGAGCGCUUCAAGCCUUAUGAUUCACGUGUUUCUUUAUCUUUAUUUUUUUAUUCUGUUUUUUUUUUGCACACUGUCCUCUUAUGCUCAAUGCUCACUUUAAGAAUAGGAAUACUUAAAUGUAAAUAUAACUUUUAGAUAAAUAAUAAUGCUUAAUUAUGGCAGUCUUAUGUACCCCAAGAUUACUGGACUUCUCUCUCUAGCAGUUAACUGAGACGUUAAUUAAUGCACAGAGCAUUUGCUACAGCACUUGGCAGUUGUGUGAUGUGUACUUUUGUACUGUAGACAUUUAAGUAUGCAUCCAAAGCAGCAAUCCAGGAAUAGCUGAAAUCCUUGCAAUUGCUCCAAAAACUAUUCACCCCUCCUGACUUACAGCACAUUUAUUUGUGCCACAAAAAGUCUGAAUGUUUAUCUAAACGUGUGAACUUAAAAUGAUAGAAUUUUUAGUUAAAAAUUAUUUCAGCUGUUUUUUUUUUUUAAAGGCCAAAUUGCCACAAAGGUCCCUUGUGUUACAUAUCAUGUCAGACUUCAUUUGAGGGCUAUAGUAAGGGCUUUCCCGUGUUUCCUAAUAACAAAGCCAAGAAAUGCCAUCUUAUAUGGAAACACUUGUUGGAAAUCCACACCAUUACUAUUACAGUUCAAGUCUGGGUGAAUUCUGAGCAGCUUUUUCACUGAAAUUUGAAAGUCCUUCUCUGUAUAUUCCCUGCUACACCUUUGUAUAGAAAUGGUAAUUUCACUUAAAUUUAAUAUUUGGUGUGGAUUUUGAAUGAACAAGUCAAAAUAAAUGUAUCGUGGCAUUGUUAUGCAGUAAAUGUGCAUCAAGUCAAGGAGGGUGAAUGGUCUGUUCUGUGACUGUGUGUUCUCUGGUGAAGAGACGACACGUGCUCAAGCUGUUUAACUGAAGACGUACUGUCAAGGCUAGGACUUGCUAAUAUCAAAUAUGGAAGAAGCUUCUCUUGCCUGGAUUUUCCUCUUGCCCAUCACUUUUUAUUUAACUUGUCUAAUACAGUACCACUUCUACUACCACUGCCCAGAUUUUGCUAUGCACAAAUCCCAGGGCUGGCCCUAUUUCUCUUUUUUUAUGACUUCGGUGAAGUCUCUUUCAAUCAUUUAUUGUCUUCAUCGUGGCAAAUGUACAGCUGUGUUCCCUCACGCUCACUAAGAAGUGUAUCUUUCUCAACAGUUACUCAGUUACCUCCUAUCGGAUUCGAGCCUGGGUGCACGGCUGUCUUCUGUUGGUAGGAAAUUUUGCACUCUGUAUGUGACCUAAUGUGCACAUGAGCCCUGAAAAGCAUACCACAUUGUCUUUUGUCAGUCACAGCUGUCUUUCCUGUUGAGGGAGGGAAAAAAAUCACCUCCUUUCAUCACAUUCGCACAUGGUUUUCUGUCUGCUGCCGACUCAUGCCUUCAAUUCAAAUGCCACAUCUGCAACAGGAAUCCACAUUUAUUAUCAGCCUCAUGCAGUUGUCUGCCACAGUUCUUUCUUUUAUUUUUGUCUGUCUUGUCCAGGCACAGGGUGAACAGUAUGGGUGGAUGAUGUGAGUUGCCCUGUACCAUUCAGUAAUAAAUAUUAGCUUAGAAGGUUGGGUGAAGAGGGUUUGGUGUGCAGAGCGGUGAUGGAUCAACACUGCUUAUGCAAUCAACCAUAGAAGUUGUACAAUCUUUUUUUGGUCAAUAAAGCACAAUUGUGUAAGGGGCCCUGU